GUGUGUUGCUGUGUGUGUGUCCGACUCCUGGCUCCUCUCGCCCUCUCUCGCCCUCUGCUCUGUGAUGGAAGCUGUCAGGCUGCCCGACCUCGGGCGGCUUGUGCUGCUCGUUGCCUUGUCGGCUGCCGCAGUGCGGGGAAGUGACAACAUGUGUGCUGCGCGAGGUGCGAGCUCGUGCUUCGAGUGUCUGCAGAUCGAGCCGAGCUGUGCUUGGUGCUCCCAGGAGGAUUUCGGAGCUGCGGCCAUUCGCUGUGACCUGGAGCAGAACUUAGUGGAAAAGAAUUGCGGGAAGGAAUUCAUUGAAUUCCCCCAAAGCUCCAUCACCAUUCAGCGCAACGACCCUCUCAGCGAAGAGACCUCGAGUCAAGACGGCCAACAGUUUGUGCAGCUCGCGCCCCAGGAGAUAGCCCUGAAACUGCGGAGAGGGGAUUCCAAGUCCUUCACGGUGCAGAUCAGGCAGGUGGAGGAUUACCCGAUGGAUAUCUAUUACCUGAUGGAUCUCUCGCUCUCCAUGGAUGACGACUUGAGUAACAUCCAACACCUGGGCUCCCUCCUGGCCAGCGAGUUGGCCAAGAUCACCAGCAACCUGAAGCUGGGCUUCGGGGCCUUUGUGGACAAGCCCAUCUCUCCCUACAUCUACAUGGCGUCAGAGGAGGCUAUCCGCAACCCGUGCUCCUUGUUACAAAGCACCUGCUUGCCUGUGUUCGGGUUUAAGCACGUGUUGACGCUGACGAAGGAAGUGCAGAGGUUCAAUGAGGAGGUGAAGAAGCAGAUCGUCUCCAGGAAUGUCGACUCUCCUGAGGGAGGGAUGGACGCCAUCCUGCAGGCCUCUGUGUGUCAGGAGGUGAUCGGUUGGCGUAAAGAUGCCUCACACCUGCUGGUGUUCACCACAGACGCCACCUCUCACUUUGCGAUGGACGGGAAGAUGGGCGGCUUGACAGAGCCUCACGAUGGGCAGUGCCACGUGGGGCCCGACAACCUGUACAACGCCACCGGCCGCCUGGAUUACCCCACUCUGGCCCAAGUGUCCGAGAAGCUGUCAGAAAACAACAUUAACCUGAUCUUCGCUGUGACGCACGGGGUGUCUAAACUGUACGAGAGUUACAGCAGUCUGAUACCAGGCACCACAGUGGGAGUUCUGUCCAAGGAUUCCAGCAAUGUCCUGGAGCUGAUCGUGGAGGCCUACCGGAAAAUCCGCUCGAGGAUAGAGCUGGAGACACGGGAGCUCCCCCCGGAGCUGGCUCUGAGCUUCAGCGCCUCCUGUCUGAACCAGGACCCCAUCCCCGGACAGAAAUUCUGCUCCGGCCUCCACAUCGGGGACACGGUGAACUUCACGGUGAGGGUGGAGGCGAGGGAGUGCCCGCCGGGCGGGGGGGAAAGGAGCUUCACGCUGAAGCCGGUGGGGUUCAAGGACACUCUCCACGUGACGGUGACCCUGGACUGCGGGUGCGAGUGCGAGCGGGCGGCGGAGGCCAACAGCUCUCGGUGCAGCCAGGGCUCCGGCACGUACGAGUGCGGAGUGUGUCGGUGUUUGCCGGGCAGACUCGGGCCUCGCUGCGAGUGUGACGAGAGCGACAUCUCCCUGACCCCCGAGGACACCUGCGCCCCCAGCCGCGGCGAGCCCUUCUGCAGCGACCGAGGAGAGUGCAUCUGCGGCCAGUGCGUGUGUCACAGGAGCGACUUGGGCCGCAUUUCCGGAACCUUCUGCGAGUGCGACGACUUCUCCUGCGGCCACUUCAAGGGCCAACUGUGCUCAGGGAACGGAGCGUGUCAGUGCGGUGAGUGUAGCUGUGCCCAAGGCUGGACCGGGGACCUGUGUAACUGCAGCUCCCUCACAGAGGCCUGCUCCCCUCCCGGGGGCUUAGUGUGCACCGGGCGCGGUGACUGCGAGUGCGGGCAGUGCGUGUGCACCCAGCCGGGGGCCUACGGACAACACUGCGAAAAGUGCCCCACCUGCCCUGACGUCUGCACCUUUAAGAAGAGCUGUAUCGAGUGUAAAGUGUACAAGAUGGGGGAGCUUCACAGCAACGGCACGUGCGACCGAGUGUGCAGAGACGAGAUCAGAAAGGUGGAGAGCAUCGACCCUGAGGUGACGGACGGGGUGGUCUGCAGCUACAAGGACGAGAACGACUGCAUCGUGCGCUUCCGUUACCACGAGGAGGUCAACGGCAAAUCCGUUCUCUCUGUCGUCAAUGAGCCAGAGUGUGUCCCGGGGCCUGAUAUCCUGGUGGCAUUGCUGUCUGGGAUGGGAGCCAUCUUGUUGAUAGGCCUUGUUGCUCUCCUGAUCUGGAAACUGCUCAUCACCGUGCACGACCGCAAGGAGUUUACCAAGUUCGAGGCCGAGAGAGCCAAGGCCAAGUGGGAGACGGCUAACAACCCGCUGUACCAGGGAGCCGUGUCCACAUUCACCAACGUCAUGUACCAGGGGAACGCGGAGUGAACGAGAACGAGAAGCUCGUGGCUC